AUGGAUGUGUUAGCCGCCUUAGACUCUCUAGAUAAAUCGGAAAAACGCUCCAGGGGCGGAACUAACAACAAAUUUGUUGACCCGAUUAAAAGUUCACACUCUCUUCGUCGCCCUCACUCUCUUGAAACAUCUUCACGACCAUCAACCCGUGGCCAACAGCGUCCCACUACUACUCAAGUCCAUCGAGUGUCCAUAACUCGGCCUCCACACAGCGAGCCUACACUGCUCCCCUCAAAAAAUUCUUCCCCAUCUCCAUCUCACCUUUCCAUCGACCAGACCGAACGUUCUGGCUCUAUAACAUCUACAAUACGACGGGUAUCGUUUGUUGAGCCUCCACCGCCACCAUCAACCCGUAGACGACUCAGACUCACGACCAAGGGCGCCUCUCUCCUCAGCGGCUUCGAGUACGACCCAACUCUUGCCACAAAAUACCACGUUGGUGAAGACGAAUGGAAUCAUUUCAGCGAUGCUAUAAUCAAAGAAGCUCGAAUACCCCGACGCGCACGCUAUGCAUGGUUCUUCCACAAAAAUGAUGUAAUGAAACGCAUAAAAAGAGACCUACAGUACAACGGCGAUGUUUCCGCUUGUAUCUCAGCCUGGAAUCGAAUGGACUUUAGAAAAAAAGGCUUCGAAGUGAGCCUCGAACUACCCGGGCCGCCAAAACUUACGCCGAGCAUGAGUGAGGAAGAAAAAGCAGUCAUCAAAAAGCAGGCGCCAUUCUUCCGCCUCGUCCUCUCUCCUACAACUGAGAAGGGACAAAGCAUCUACGUACAGAGUCGCUCAAAUAGUCUUACGGCAGGCAUUUCAGGCGAGGGAAAAACUGAGGCAGCUAUCAAGCCCAAGGUCCAUGACGAACAUCCAGAAAUCAUAAAAGAGACUGAAAAGGAAUAA